UCAAUUGCUGUUGUAAUAUGAGAAAAAAUGGUUGUCAAGUAAAAGCAGUGAAUUAGGGGCAGGUAAACCAGAAUUAUCCAUUUAACUAUCAGUGACUACCUAGCCAGCUAGCGUUAGCUACCACGUACAGUACAAGGCAAGGGCCUGAGGGUGGGUAUAAUGUGUUACGUUACAACGGGAAUCGGUUCCAAAAACGUCGUAAAGUACAAGGUUGCCAACAAACAACGCAUACAAAGUAGAAUGAUAAAUAAACCUAGCUAACGAAUAGGCAACUCACCACGUAGUUUAUUCUUAAUGUUUGUCCAUAGGCUACCAGAGUGAGGACAGACAUUUUUCCGAAUAAACGUGGUGAGUGAAAAACUUAAUGAAAUAACCCACUCCCUCCCCGGUAUCUUAUUCUGCCGCUAUACAACUUUGUAUGUGUUGUUUGUUGGCAACCUUGUUAUUUACUUAGUUUUUGGAACAGAUUCCUGUUGGAACGUUCCACAAAUUAUACCCACCCAGGGCGUGAUGAUGGUCCUUGUACAUUUGUCUUAGCUGACUGCACUAUAAUUGGAUAUAUACUUGGUUUCCUAAUGCACUCAAUGAUAGCCUACCUGUCUGGCUAAAAUGGGAAGACAACUGGGAUGUUAGAUAAAACUAACACCGUAUGACGCUUACUCGCCGGUGGAAGAGGCAGGUCUAUUCCAUAUUGGCAGCAACGUGCGCACUUUACAAUUCACGCAAUUCUUUUUUUCUGAUUCUACAACGGUAACACCUGUGGCACCCUAACCUGGUUUGGUUCAUCGUGGUGUCCGAGUCCAUGAUCGUGUUCUACACCAUCAACCUCCACCUCAAACACCCCCGCCAUCUUCGGGAGUGCUGUUAAUUCCUAGCGCAUGCCAUUUCCGGUUUGGGAAACCGAAGGGCCAAUCUAAACACUGCACGCGAGUUCCUUUUCCGUUUGUCAACACUCACAGCAGUGGUUGUUUUCUGGUGGCGGGAAAAAAGUACGAGUAACAAACUGUUCAGCUGAUGGUCUCUUGGAUUUUACAUAAACAAACGGCUAAUUAAUUUUACCUUAAUAUGGCCCCAUUGAAAAUUAAACACGUCGUUUCAUUCACGUCACAGGACCCCAAGAACUGUGUGGAGAACCUGUGUGUUGUGGGUGGAGACAGCAGGUCGUGGCUGUGCAACCCCCAGGACCGAAGUGGAGUCCUCAGAGCAGAACUGCAGCUGGAGCGAGCGUCAUACUUUGGAUACAUCGAUGUGGGGAACUUUGGAUCUGCGUUCAUUCAGAUUGAUGUUGGCCGGUCCUCUUGGCCCCUGGACCAGCCCUAUAUCACCCUGUUGCCAACAGCAACACUGAUGAGUCCAGCAGAAUCACGACAGGGCACUGGGCUGACAGGAGUGAGAAUGUUCAAGAAAGGUGAUUUCCUGUCAGAAGGUGCAGAGGACAGCUGGGACCGGGUGAGAGUAACCUGCACUCAGCCUUUUAACAAGCGCUCUCAGUUUGGCCUGUCCUUCCUGCGCAUCCGCAGCCCCCUGGAGGAGAGCGAGGAGGGCUCCACACAGACUUGCAAAGAGAACCAGGGUCAGACAACCCCAGACAAAUCGGCAUCAGGCGUGAGAGAAUGGCUGUCCAGCCCUGCUGUGCAGAAAACCUUCUUUGGGGGAAUGAAAGGGGAGGGUGUGGUUCUGAGCCGGACAGCUCGUAUGGUCCUCACAGCGUCCCAGGCUGCCAGGCGUUCCCUUCCCCUUCCUUCCACUUCCUUGUCUCCCAGUCACACAUCAUUCUCUGGCACUCAGAAUACAGCAACCUCUUCCACUCCCACAGCCAAGCCAGAUGCAACUACCCAUAUCCCCAACCAGGGAAAGCCAGGGGCUCAUACAGCUACACCCAACAAAGGCAAGCCAGUUGGAAAUAUGGGAAAUAUACACCCUCACACAGCUUCAAUGGCUUGUUUAAGCACAGUUUGCAGCUCCAAGGAAAAUACUUCUCAAAGACACCUGAAGAGAAAACCAAACUCCAAAAGCAGGCAGAACCAGCUGAAUGGCACCACCUCUAGUAAGCACGGAAAACCUGCAGUCAGUAAGAGGCCAAUAGCUACUCUACAACACACUGCCACAGCCCCUUAUCCUCACCCAUCUCCAGAGCCUCAGGACACUGGUGACCUUGAGACCACAUGCCCAAUAUGCGGAGUGUUCUUUACUGCAGAGUACCUGCCGCUCCACGCCGCCUCCUGCCAGCAGGUGGAGACCAGGAAGCUCCCUGGGGGGAUUGUGACCCCUGUUCCCCGCCCCUUCCCUGUCUCUCCCGCCAGCCUAGAAGAGUCCAUGGUGCCCUGCCCUCUCUGCUCCUUCAGGUUCCCUCUGUCCCACAUCCAGAUGCACGCCAGCACCUGUGGAGACCCCGUGGACCCCCAUGUUAUCUGGGUGGACUAGGAAAGAAUGCAUUGUAUAGUAACACGUUUUUGCUUUUAAUCAGUGGGCAGUGCAGCAAACGUGGAUAAUCUUUUGUUUUUAAUAUACUGUAUGUAUAUUUGUAUUUUACUGACUUGUUCUGUAGCUAUAUACCUGGAAAAAUAACGAAUCUCUCUCUGUCUACCUCUAUUCCCCACUCUGCUCUGAGUGAUUGGUUCUCUCCUGAGCUCAUUGAAGGCUGUUUGUUCUUGCACUGUUUACACAUGCUAUGUGCUAAUGAUGACCUAUAAUAUAUUGUAUACUAUAAACAGCAUCAAUCAUAGACUGUGUUCAGUACAUAUUUUUUUGGAAGUUAUCACAUAAUUGAAAUGAUCAAUUAAAUUAAAUGUGAUUUUUUUUGUCUUGGC